AUGGGUAUUCAGCAGGCUCCACAAACGCGAAAGGUGGCGGAUACAACCAAACCAGCAGAUGGAAAGGUGGCUCUCGUGGACGUAUCGCUCUUCUUAAAACAGCUCUCGGUACGCUUGACCCAGCUCUACAAUCUUCCUCGACAGUACCGCAACACCAAACUCUCUAUCCACGGCACCGCGUCCCAGCCCAUUGAUUUGCAGCGCUUGGACCAGUUCGACUUCCAGAACUCCAACUACAUCACCUUCUACAACACCCUCUGGCUCGUCUUGAACGACCUUUUCCUCGGCUUGAGCGUCAGCAACUUGCUCAGGCACUAUGAAACGGAAAUCCAGACGUUCAUUACCAAGCGUAUGAUCCAGGAAGUUCUCAUCGACCGUCUCGGACAGCUUAUCGACUGGUUGAUGGAUAACCCUGCAGGGUUUAAGUUGAAUGACGAAUUGACUUCCUUCAUUGGGGAGCUAUUUCUCUGGACCGUCCGCUUCUGGACCGUUCUCUUGGAGGCAGUGGUGCUCAGAUACAUCCAGCUCUGGAUCAAGAUCAUACCGUACGUGACUGCAUUUGGCGGACUUUCGUUUGCGAUUGGCAUGGUGAUGGACCUUGUCCAGUUGAUUACGUUUCACACCUUUUGCUUCCAGUUCUCGGCCGCACGACUCUACCACUGGCAGAUCAGUAUCCUCCGCUCUCUCUUUAAGUUGAUUGUCGGGAAGCGGAUCAACGUCUUGAGGGACAACAGAACCGAUAAGGUGGACUUUUCCUUUGACCAGCUCUUACUUGGGACCGUACUCUUUAUGGUUUUAGUAUACUUGGUGCCCACGGUCUUUGCCUUCUAUUUACCCUUCACGUUGAUGCGGAAGGGUAUCCAGGGGGUGCGUUGGGGCUGUGACCGUAUUAUUCACUGGCUUAACUACUUCCCACUCUUUGUAGUGUUGUUGAAAAUUAAGAAUAAUCGGAGAUUGCCGGGCGGUCUUCGCUUCGAGCUACAGGAAGUGUACCCCACCACCGUGUUCAAGAUGUCCAACGAGAGUGUGUCAUUUGCCACCAUUUUCAAGUGA